AAGACGAAGCUUUUUUUGUCUGUGAUCUUCUGGACAUCACCCGGAAGGUGGAGCUCUGGCACCAGUGUCUGCCCCGUGUGACGCCAUUCUUCGCAAUAAAGGCUUGCGGAGACCCUGUGGUGCUGGCGGAGUUGAACGCCCAGAACGUCAACUUCGACUGCUCAAAUAAUACAGAGAUACAGACAAUACUUGAAAUGGGUGUUGACCCAGACCGCAUAAUCUACGCCCACCCUGUGAAAAGCACGUCCCACAUGAAGUUCGCCGCCGCACACGGCGUGACGUUGAUGACGUUCGACUGUGUCGAAGAGCUGCAGAAAGUCGUAGACAAGAACGCCAGGUUAUUGCUUCGAAUAAAAGGCGAUAGUGAUGGUUGCAAGAUUUCAUUCGAUCAGAAAUUUGGUUGCAGCGUGGAUGAAGCGAGACAUAUUCUGGAAACUGCACGAGAUCUCCACUGCAACGUAGUUGGUGUAUGUUUCCACGUCGGUGCUGCCUACCAAAACCCACGGAUCUUCUCUCGCACUAUACAGAUGGCCAAGAUGGUGUUCGACAUGGCAACGGAGCUCGGAAAGCCCAUGACGAUCCUCAAUAUAGGAGGCGGCUUCCCAGGUGGAGUACGCAGCAUCUGCACAUUCAAGCAGGUGUGCGAGUCGGUCCGGCGUGCAACCGCUGAGCACUUUCCCCCGUCGAGUGGAGUGCAGAUCAUCGCUGAGCCUGGCCAGUUCUUCGUCGCGUCAGCCUAUCACCUCGCUGUCCGAGUCGUUGGCAAAAGACGCAGGGACAUUGUCAUUGAUGGUAGGUAUAUUAAGCCUGCUUUCUAA